GUAUAUUGAAUACAUUUUACUGUACGUAUUUUGGCUGGUGACAAUUACCUUUCCAUCAGUGGUCAGGUUUCUGAGGCUAUAUAUAUAUUAUGAUUAUAGAAAGAGUAUCUCACAUUCUCACAUUAUGGAAGGAACUUCUCGAACACUUCCUUACACUAUAAGAUUCGUUGGUCUUCUUGGCAGUCACUCUCUUGGUAGAAAUCCAAAGUUUAUGGCUACUGCGGUAGAUUUAGGAAGGGAAUUGAUAAGGCGAAAGAUUAAACUUGCCUAUGGAGGAGGUAGUGUUGGCCUUCAAGGAGCAGUUGCUUUAACAGUCUUCACCAAUGGUGGUCUCGUUAGAGGUUUCAUUCCUGGGUACAUAGCAACACGACGGGUCUACGGACCUACAUAUGGCGUAGAGCACACAGUUUCCAGCAAUUACUACAAAUAUUUUGAGAUGAAUCAUGCUGUGGAAGCUUUCAUCGUUCUUCCCGGAGGAGUUGGCACUAUGGAAGGUUUGUUCACCUUGAUCGCGUGGGCUUCUGAAGGGUUACACAAUAGAUCCAUUGGUCUCUUGAACAUUGACGGUUAUUUCAAUAACCUAAUCAAGUUUCUAGAUGAUGCGGUGAGACAGAACUUCAUGGCUUUGAAUCAAAGGAAACUGUUCAUCUCUUCUUUCUUUGUUGAUGAGCUCUUAGACAAACUAGAGUUUUCUAAAGCUUUUCUGGGUCCUGGUGCUAAUUACGAUGAGUUCGCAAAUCCCAGGGGAUUAGAUUUAGAUUUACAUUUGUAAUAUUACUUCAUGUAAUCCCAGUUGUAUUUGUGUCGGAAUUUAUGAAUAUUAUUCUACGUUGUAUGGCCAGUGCGAGCUGCAUUUCUUCAUUCUUCAAUCUUUCACUGUUGGGGUCACUGUUUCACGUCUUGUUUUGUAUUGUCACCACGUCGUAAUCUUUCGAGUCAAUUACUUCACUUCAUUAUUUCAAUCAGACUACAUCGACUUUUUCGAUGAUAAGCAAUAAGGUCAUUAAUCGCUU